ACAGGCAGUCAAACUUGCUGUCUCACUCUCAGUGCCUCUGGAGUCAAGUUGCUUCAAGAAGGGUUCUUCACAGAGCUGUUUCCAGGAUCUUUUGUUAGAUUCCUGCUUCAAAAGGUGAAAUGUCGACAGAAGUCCCAAACAUUAAACUGAAAAUUGAUCCUCAGGAUCUGCAGAUCCAGACGUUUACUGUGGAGAAACUACUGGAACCAUUGAUAAUUCAGGUUACAACACUAGUGAACUGUCCACAGAAUCCUUCUAGCAAGAAAAAGGGACGUUCCAAAAGAGCCCGUGUCUUGCUAGCUUCUGUGGAAGAAGCCACUUGGAAUCUAUUGGACAAGGGAGCAAAGAUUGCCAGGGAAGCAACUGUGUUUAAAGAGGAACUUCAUUCAGCGCUCCAUGAUGUCCGAAAAGAGAGUCAAGCCUUAAAAGUAUCAGCAGAGGAGUUUACCAGUGAUCCCUGCUACCUACCCAAGAGGCAAGCUGUUGUCCAAGCGGCACGGUCUCUGCUUGCAGCUGUCACGAGGCUUCUUAUUCUGGCAGAUAUGGUUGAUGUGGCAUACCUAUUGGAACAUUUAACUGUGUUUCAAAGAACAUUUGAAUCACUAAGAAAUGUAUCCAGUAAAGCUGAUCUACAGAAAACCUAUCAGAAGUUUCGAAAAGAUCUGGAAAAUCUUGAUUAUUUGGCAUACAAACGUCAACAGGAUUUGAAAUCUAGCAAUCAGCGAGAUGAAAUUGCUGCAGCACGUGCAAGUCUGAAGGAAAAUUCAUCUCUUCUACAUUCAGUAUGUUCAGCUUGUUUGGAACAUUCAGAUGUUGCAUCCCUUACAGCCAGCAAGGACUCAAUUUGUAAGGAAAUACAGCAUGCUCUCAAUGUAAUUUCUAAUGCUUCCCAAGGAGCUAGAAAUGAAAUGGGACAACCUACAUCUCACACAACUACUCUGGGAAGUGCCCUUGAUGAGCUUGAGAAUUUAAUCAUCCUGGAUCCUCUCGUAGUGAAUGAAGAGAAAAUAAGGCCAUCACUAGAGAAACGUUUGGAAGCUAUUAUUAGUGGAGCCGCUUUGCUAGCAGACUCUUCCUGCACGCGUGACUUUCAUCGAGAGCGCAUCAUUGCUGAGUGCAAUGCUAUCCGCCAAGCUCUUCAAGACCUGCUUUCUGAAUACAUGAAUAAUACUGACAAGAAAGGAAGAAGUAAUACCCUGAAUGUUGCAAUAGACAGUAUGUGCAAGAAGACAAGAGACCUUCGCAGACAGCUUCGUAAAGCCAUUAUAGAUCACAUCUCAGACUCCUUCUUAGAUACCACUGUUCCGCUUUUAGUUCUUAUUGAAGCUGCUAAAAAUGGAAGAGAAAAAGAAAUAAAGGAAUAUGCUGCUAUAUUUCGAGAACACACCAGCAGGCUUGUGGAGGUUGCUAAUCUUGCUUGUUCAUUGUCAACAAAUGAAGAUGGAAUGAAAAUUGUCCAAAUGGCAGCUAAUCACAUAGAGACUUUGUGCCCACAGGUUAUUAAUGCUGCUUUAGCUCUUGCGGCCAGACCAAAAAGUCAAGUUGUAAAAAACAACAUGGAGAUGUAUAGGAGUACGUGGGAGAAUCACAUCCAUGUUCUUACUGAAGCUGUGGAUGAUAUAACAAGCAUUGAUGAUUUUCUUGCUGUUUCAGAAAGCCACAUUCUAGAAGAUGUAAACAAGUGUAUCAUUGCAUUGAGAGAACAAAGUGCUGACAAUUUAGAUCGUGCAGCAGGUGCGAUCCGAGGGCGUGCUUCAAGAGUAGCUCAUAUUGUUUCGGGUGAGAUGGACAAUUAUGAGCCAGGGACUUACACUGAGGGAGUGAUGAAGAAUGUCCAGUAUCUGACGAAGACUGUGAUUCCGGAGUUUAUUAGUCAAGUAAAUAUUGCAUUGGAGAGCUUCAGCAACAACAAAAUGCAUCUGUUUGAUGAUAAUCAGUUUGUGGAUAUUUCUAAGAAGGUCUAUGAUACAAUUCAUAAUAUCAGAUGCUCAGUCAUGGUGAUUCGGACGCCUGAGGAGCUGGAAGAUGUAUCUGACCUCGAAGAAGACCAUGAUGCAUGUAGUCGUACAAGUAUUCAAACUGAGGGGAAAACUGACAGGGCAAAGAUGACUCAACUGCCAGAGGCUGAAAAGGAAAAGAUAGCUGAACAAGUGGCUGACUUCAAAAAAGUCAAGAGUAAACUUGAUGCAGAGAUUGAAAUAUGGGAUGAUACCAGCAAUGACAUCAUUGUUUUGGCCAAGAGGAUGUGUGUGAUUAUGAUGGAGAUGACUGACUUCACAAGGGGUAGAGGCCCAUUGAAGAACACAUCAGAUGUAAUUAAUGCAGCAAAAAUGAUUUCGGAGUCAGGAUCAAGGAUGGAUGUCUUAGCAAGACUGAUUGCCAAUCAGUGUCCAGACCAAUCAUGUAAACAGGACUUGUUGGCUUACCUAGAACAGAUCAAGCUGUACUCCCACCAGCUCAAAAUCUGCAGUCAAGUUAAAGCAGAAAUCCAGAAUCUGGGUGGAGAGCUCAUCAUGUCUGCUUUGGAUAGUGUCACUUCACUGAUUCAGGCUGCCAAAAAUUUAAUGAAUGCUGUGGUGCAGACAGUAAAGAUGUCCUAUAUUGCGUCCACAAAGAUUAUCAAGAUUCAGAGUCCUACUGGCCCACGACAUCCUGUUGUUAUGUGGAGAAUGAAAGCUCCUGAGAAGAAGCCCCUAAUUAAAAGAGAGAAGCCAGAAGAAAUCUAUGCAGCUGUCAGAAAAGGUUCUGCGAAGAAGAGAAUCCAUCCCGUUCAGGUCAUGAGUGAAUUCAGAGGCAGAGAAAUAGUCUGAAACUCUUCCACUUUUUGCAUUUCCUAUCAUGAAAUUCUAUUGGUUUUGCAUCUUUUUCUCCCCACUUAAUAAUUACAUAUGCUAAUGUUUUGCUUUUCCCUAAAUCUGUAUGUUUACACUUGCUUAAGUUAUUUCAAAAUGUUGUUGGAUUAAUAGCACACAGUUGAAAGAAAAAAAAACCCCUCAUUCUCUUGCAGUGACAAACUAUCACCAUGUCUUUGUACUAGCAUGUUUUCAGCUGUGCACUUUGCGUGAUACAUAUGGGACUGUGGUGUAACAAGGAUAGAUCUAGUUGGCUUUCAUGUAGUCGGAAGGCAGGAUGCCAUGUGCCAAACUGGGCCGAAGCUCCUACUGCACUCUCAAGGGUUAGGCGUUUCUUCUCCAGGGAUGAAUGUGGCUGAUACUGAAUUCUGUGUAUUUUACGACACACGGAUUUUUAAACACUGUGUUUAUUGGGUCAGAUCCCUAACCAGAAUCAUUACGCUGUGAUCAAAACAUCCAUGCUGGCUGAUGCUAGCUGAGGGUCUAGGCCUUCACUUUUAUCCAAACUGAAAGAGCUAAAGACUCCCCUCCGGCCUUAGGCACAAACGCAAGGGGAAAUGUAAGUUUGAGAAUGUUUGAUGGAACGAAAGUGUUAGAACAAUGUGGAUGCAAUAAUGUAAUCAGAAGCAUUGACUGCAACACAGCAGUAACAAUAGCUCCUUAAAAGGUUUUUUAAAAACAUUAACAUUAAUCUCUGUUCUGCUUGCCUGCCUAUUCUGUGAAUUCUAAUAAAUCUGAUUGAUUGAUUACUAUAUGGGGUGGUUUGGGUAAAUCAGAUAUUAACAAUAAAAACCUUUUUUCUAACCACAGUCCAAAAGAGCAAACAAAUUAUAUCAUUAUCCUGAGAUUAGUGUGUGAAAUAUAAAUAUACUUACCGUGCAUCUGAAAAAUGAUGAAAUUUUUUUGCAAGAUAGAGUGAAUUAAAUGACAUUUUGCCUAUGGCACUAGUGUCCCAAAUGCAGAACUGUGCCUUUUAGCAACUUGGUAAAUGAUUACAGUGUAUUUCAAAGUGCAUAACGAAGGUAAGGGCUAUCAGUAUGUAAUCACAACCAGCCUUCUGUAGAAUACUUACAGAAAGAAACCAUUUUUCUAGAUCUGUUUGAAUCCACCUGGAUGGAUUUUUUUUUAAAGCAGUGAACCUGUCUUCACUCCAUUUCGCUAGGUUUCCACAGAUGCCACUUGUUACUUAAAAUACUUUUCCCUGGCAAGCAAGCAGAUCCUUUGCUACAUUUCUGUAUUUGCUAAAGUCAAAGGAUUCCCUCAAAUGCCACAGCUUUAUGAUACAUAAUUGAUUGCCAUUAUGAGGAGGCUCCAGAAUAUGGGCUGCUGCUACGUGUCAUUUAAUAUCUUAUUUUGCCCAGCACUGGGCCUACCUAGAACAAUGUGGGCAGCAAAAAUACUCAUAACCUGUGUUUUUCCUCAUGUGGUCACCCUGUUUCUAUGCUUGGAGCAGUGGAGCAGUAUAAUUUCUAAGCUGUUGGUUAAGAAAGCCCAUGAAAUCUACAGUGAUCAUGCACCAAAGAUCUUACAGAUCACAAUUCCAUCUUCCCCAAAUUUCUCCAAAUUUACUAUCAGUUAAAUGAAACAAAACUAAGGAGAAAUUAGGAAAAUUAUUUACACCUCAAAAAAAAAUCAUCCUGUAUAUUUGCCUCGGGAUCUUAGUAGCAUAUAUAGUAGGUCUUUCUCUCUUACACCUACAGCUAACAGUCAAGUGGAGCAGGCAGAGGCAGUAAAGAGCAGGUCAUACCACCUACUGAAAAGUGGCAGAUUAAGCAGAGCUGAGAUAAAGAUGGUGCAUGGUAGAGAGCACAAGAGUGUACAGUACUGUCACAUCUUAAAGCCAGAAUCUCUAAGUAAUAUUUCAGGUUCUGGCCUUUUUGAUUACCCCUCCACAAAGGUUCAGAUCUCAAAGCCAGCAGGUGAGUUCACGUAAUCUUGGUUUUUGUGUGUGGGGGGGUUAUUCUCUUAAUAAAUCUUUGUGGCUCUGGGCUACACCUUUGAUAUAGGUCACCUUGCUAUCAAAUGUUUGUAAUUAAUGCCUUUUAUCACAUUGAAGAGAUCCCAUUAUUAAUAAAAAACAUGUGGUACACCAGUAGGAAGACAUGCCUGUCCCUCUUUUUUUGGUAUAUGUUUCCUUACUAGUCUCCAGCCUUAGUGAA